AUGCCUCGCCCAAAUGCCAAAUCUCGUGUUGCAUCUAGCAAGACCCGUAAUAAAGCUGGUAUCUUUGUAGCUAAUCAUAAAGAUAUAAAUGAUAUAGAAGAAAACAUGAAUAUUCUGGAAGACUGUGAUUUAUUCGAAAUAACACAUGACAGCUUUCAAAAUUAUGCAUUAAAAGCUAUAGAAUGGCAUGAAAAAGCUGAUAAAAAAUUGAAAUCUACUUUUUAUACUGGUACAAUUGAAAGCUAUUUUGAUACUUCAGCAUUGAUUUUUGAUAUAAAACCGCUGAGCAUAAAGGCACAAGAUAAAGGAAAAGUAUCAGCCCUAUUAUACUGUGAAGAUAUUUUAGCCCAAUCUAAACGACAAAUGCAACGAAUAGAGGAGCAUUAUAAUGAAUUAAAAAAUCAACUUCAAAGUCUUCAAAAUGCUAAAAAAAAUUUAGCUAAAUCACAACCUUAUGAAGUACAAAGGUUGAUAUCUAUUUUUCAUUAUUAUAGGUUAUCACUAGACAGUGAAAAAAAAAUAAGUGCAUCAGAAAAAAUUGCAAAUACUUUAUGA